UCGCCUUGAACGCAGCGCGGAGCUCCGCUGCCAUGUUGUUUAUUCCGGGAGCAGCAGCGGACUUCCAGCUGCUGUCUGCGGACACUUUCCGAGCGGGACCCGCCGUUUAAACAACUCUGUCCGGAUUACAACUCAGCUCCAAGUCACAGUGAAACUCUCUGUCCGGCGAGGUGAAGAUGGUGGACCGGCUUGCGAACAGUGAGGCUAACUCCAAGCGGAUCGCGGUGGUGGAAGGCUGCUUUGGUGCUGCCGGCCAACCGCUGGCCAUCCCAGGCCGCGUCCUGAUCGGCGAGGGCGUCCUCACCAAACUCUGCCGCAAAAAGCCCAAGGCGCGGCAGUUCUUCCUGUUCAACGACAUCCUGGUCUACGGCAACAUCGUCAUCCAGAAGAAGAAGUACAACAAGCAGCACAUCAUCCCGCUGGAGAGCGUCACCAUUGACACGGUACCCGACGAGGGCGACCUGCGCAACGGCUGGCUCAUCAAGACGCCCACCAAGUCCUUUGCCGUCUACGCCGCCACCGCCACUGAGAAGUCGGAGUGGAUGAACCACAUCGGGAAGUGUGUGUCGGACUUGCUGCAGAAAAGCGGCAAAGCUCCCACAGGUGAGCACGCUGCCGUGUGGGUGCCCGACUCCGAGGCCACGGUGUGCAUGCGGUGCCAGAAGGUGAAGUUCACACCCGUCAGCCGCCGCCAUCACUGCAGGAAAUGCGGCUAUGUGGUUUGUGGGCCGUGUUCGGAGAAGAAGUACCUGCUGCCCAGCCAGUCGUCCAAACCCGUGCGAGUCUGCGAGUACUGCUACCUCCAGCUGACGUCGGGGAGUCUGGCGGCGCGCUCGGACUCCAUCGGCCGGUCAAAGUUCAACAGCAACCUGUCGGACGACGAGGACGAAGACGACAGCAGUGACUGAGGAGAGCAAAUAAAAAAAAAAGACUCUGCUGGAUCUGCCGUGACGCGGAUCCUCCUCCGAGCAUUAAUUAUUCAUCAUCAGAGGCGGAGUCUCGUCUGCAAACCAAACUCUUUUUUAAUUUCCUCUAAUUCCUGUGAUUCCAGCAGGCGAUCGAUUAAAACCAGCAGAACUGUGAAGGCUGCAGUUCAUCACUACACAACAUGAUGGUGCUCAUGAGAAACUCCCCCCCCCCCCCGCACAGAUUCGCUUUUGUUUUUCAUUUUCUGUCCAUGAACUACACAACAUGUCAGAGUGUUGUUUCUGCAGGGAAAUCAAACGUCUGCCCUCUAACUUUUGACCUAUCUGUCCUCUUUAUCCGCACUUUCCCGCACUCCGUGUCUGCAGAGAGUUAUGCUCUGCUCGCGCAAACUCGCGUUUUCUACGUACCUGAUGCAAAGAAUUGAAUGCAGACACUGUUGUUGGCGUUCGGCGUUGCAGACACGGAAGACGAGAACGCAAAUGUUCUCACGCAACAUUGAUGUACGGUCGACGUAAGUGCGUCUGCCCCGAACCUUGUUGGAAAACGCGGGAGAACACCUUAACAGCCGCGUUUUCUCGCUUGUAUGUAAAGAUCUGCGACUGUUGAUUAUUUUCAUCACCGAUUCAUCCGGCGAUGAGUUGUUUGAUCCAUAAAAUAUGUCAGAAAAUGUGGAUAAAUGUGGAUUUCUGUGUUUUAUGGAGCAAAGAAACCAGAAAAAUUCACAUUUAAGAAGCUGAAAAAUCACACAAACCUGUAUUAAUUACCAACAUAAACACUCAAACUGACUCAUCGACGAUUGGAAUCGUUGACGGUUAGUUUAAUAAUUGAUUAAUACAGCCCUAAUCCCUUUUUUAAUCUGAACAAAAUGAAGAUAUAAAAAUAAUAAUAAUACAAAACUACAAUAAUAAAAUGUAAUAAUUCUUGUCUGUUUCUAAGCCACCACCUCAAAAACCCGCGGUCACGUCGCACCUUCAUGAGAAAAACACAGAAGAUCAUCAGUAAUGUCUCACACACACACACACACGGGGCUAAAGGCUGCAGUACACUUGAACCCCACUAGUGGUCGACAGUGCACAACAAAAUUGAUUGUGACCAUUAAGUAACUUAUGAGACCAGGAGGAGCAGGGCUAGCUCCGAAUUAUAAGGGAGCUUUUUAUUGCAGAAAUGUGAUAACAACCCUGAUCUUACACUGUGUUUUAAGUGUCUUCCACAUCAGAAGUCAGAAUUGGGUGUUACGUCACGUCGGAGUUACGUCAUGUCGGAGUUACGUCACGUCCGAGUUACGUAACGUCAUGCCCGAGUUAUGUUGCGUCCGGGUUACGGUUUCUCGGAGUUAUGUCACGUCCAACUUGACCGUGUUCCAGCUUUAAAAACCCAUGGCCUCAAACAUAUCAUGUGCUAGCCGUUGUUAGCAGUACCAGUUUUUUUUUUUCUUUUGCAAACUAACGUAGCAACAUGUUCGUGUAUGAAAAUUAAACGGUUCCACGUGUACGACUGAUUUACUGUCAAACAGUAGUUAACGCCACACAAAGUGCAAUUAACUUCGCUCUGACUUUACGAGUUCUUUAACUCAGAAAUUCCGACUUCCCAUUACAACUGGAAUGCGUUGUCUCUCUCCUUGUCCGUUUUAGGAAACUCUUGAAUGCAGCAGACGUUAAUACAGAGUCCAGCGUUUCCUGCAGCCCUUGAGUUUUCCGUCGUCAUGAUACUAUUUGUUUCCUGACACACAUUGCUGUCUAUUAACCCAGUGGCUUACAUGCUAACACCAUCACUCGGUGUGUUUACAUUCAUGUUAAAAGUCAGAUUUUAGUCGGACUAAGACAAUGAUGUCAGGUAAACACCUUAGUCCAACUAAAGUCGAGCUAGUCUUAGACUAUGACAAUAAUGUCACGUAAAUGUGUUAGUCCGACUAAAAUAGAGCUAGUCUUAGUCAGACUAAGACAAUAAUGUCAUGUAAACGUGUUAGUCUGACUAAAAUAGUUAGUCUUAGUCAUACUAAGAAAUUGUCACGUAAGCGUGUUAGUCUGAAUAAAAUAGAGCUAGUCUUAAUCAGACUAAGACAACAAUGACAUGUAAACAUGUUAGUCUGACUAAACUGUGACUGCAAACAUACUGAGUGAACAAUAGAUGAUUAUGUUUCUUUGUUUCACUCAUCAGUAACAUGUGCUAACAAACAGUGAAGCAGUAAAAUGUUCAGUCUCGGGCUGCAACUAACUAUUAUUAUACAUUAUUGAUUAAUCUGUCCAUUAUUUUUCUUGUUUGCUCCAUAAAAUGUGGAAAAAUGUUGAUCAGUGUUUGUCAAACUCUGGAAAUGAUGACGUUCUCAAACUAAAAAUUACUCUGUUCUAAUGAUCUCUUUGUUUUAUGGAGCAAAGAAACCAGAAAAUAUUCACAUGAAAAAUCAUUAUUUAAAAAAUUAUCAAUAAUUGCAGAUAAUUUGGUGAUUGAUUAAUAAUCAAUAAGUUGAUCGUAGCAGCCGUACUUCAGACCUGCUUUCUGUUUGUUUUCAAACAUCAUCUCUGUGCUGAGGUCAAAGGUCAAUGCUGCACCCUCCCGGUCAGGUGACCUCUGGAACAUUUAUUUUCCCUCUGUAUUUCAGCACAGUCUGUAACUGAUCAUGUGACUGAGUGUCAGAGGUCAUGUGAGCAGGAAAUGGAAGAACUUGAGUUUCCUUCUCUGUUGCUCAUUUGAGGUUUUUCAUUUUUUUUUGUUUCAUAUGAUGUUAAAAACGUGGUUUCAUGACUCAUAUUUCAACGUCAUUUUUUUUUUUGCUGUGACGUGACGACACAGGGACCUGCAAAUCCUUAAGUGCCUUAAGUAAAAAAAAUGCCACGCCCCCAAAACAUUGUGAAUAAAUUAUAGAUCAACUUUUAGCUCCAAACAGAAAACAUGAUCAAUUCUCUCUCAGAUCGCAGUUAUGUGCGAUGUUUGCUAACCUCCCUUUUUAUUUUUCCCUCCAUAGUUUACAUGAAACUACGUGUGUGUGUGUGUGUGGCCGUCCAAAUGUCCCAAAAUGCAACAGGAAAGGCGCCGUCAUAAAUGCGAUCAGUCCCACAAUCUAACAAAUGUUGCUUUUUUCACGUUAAAUUCUGACUCAUUGAGGAGAAUGUUUUUAUCGUACAUUACCUUAUUUUUUGGUGUGGGCGUGGUUUAGCAUUAGUCAACAGGUUUUUUUGGCGAGACAGUGGCGACGAGCGACGGCAGAACAGGAAGAAGAAAGGGAAAAUGGAGGCGACUGCAAUAUAAAGAAACCUGAGAAAAGGUCAUGUGACCACUUACAGUCAUGUGACCUUUAUACUAAACUGUGGCCGAAGUGUCUUCGACGCUUUACGAAUUCUUUGAUUGAAUUCACAGCCACUUUUGUUUUGACAUUAAUUUUAAUGCUUGUUGAUUUUAGUUUUUUGUACAUUUGUACAGAUUUGUCGUGGGUUUUUUUGUUUUAUUUGAUUUUAUUUUGAUCGUCCUUGUAUGAAAUGACGCCGUGUUUGGCUCCUCCUCUUCCUCCUGUCACUCAAAUCUCAACAUCGGAUCAGACUAUUUUCGAAAGUUUGAAGUCGAUGGAACAAAAUUCAAAUAACUUAUGGCCGAGACCAUUAAAAGCUGUUAUUUCCUGUUGUCAGUAGGGGGCGCCAUGAUUAUGGUUUUAAACGGAUACUUUUUUAGAAAAAAAAGGAUCUCUGAAUACAGAACAACAAAAUAAAAAUAGUCACAAGAAAUAAAGUACUUUUCACAAGGAAAAUACUCAAUUUAAAUAAAAUCAGAAAAGUUUGAAAAAAGUCAUUUAAUGACUUUAAUCUCAGAAUUCUUGACUCUAAUCUCAGAAUUCCGAUUUUAAUCUCAGAAUUCUGACUUUACUCUCAAAUUUUGACUUUAAUCUUUGCUCUUAAUGUCAAACAUGUACGUUAGUAAAUAGAUUGGAAAAUGUACCUGGAAAUUACAGGAACUUCUUGUUUUCCAGGCAAACCAUCAAAAUAAAACACUACGCACUUAUUUUUUAAAUCUCCCUCCCUCCCCAAGCCUUCAUCUGAUGCUUCCACACGUUAAAAAAAAAACCCACCAUAACGAGGACCUCUAGGAAUUCUAAACUCAGAGAGUUUUGCAAGCUUGUUUUUUAAACUCCAUGUUGACCUGGUGUGGCGCCAUCAAGUCAUUAGGCUCCGCCCGUGGUCACAUGUCACAUAUAUUUUGCGGUUGUUGUUUUUUUGUUUUGCUUUUGAUUACAUUCAAGCUGUGGAAAAAAAGCAAAUGAGUGGAGGAAAAAAAAUAACCUGCGAUUUGAUCGAUCGAUCUGUGAGGAGGAGGAGCCAAGCAGCAGCUGAAGCAGCAGAUCUGAGCUUUUUUGGUGGAUUUUUUUUUUUUCAUCUUUUUAAAUCUAUUUUUUUCUAAAAAAGAAAAAGGGCUUGAAUCAGAAAAAUAACCAAACUGAUUUUUUACUAAUUCACAAAUCUUUGUUUAUAUUAUAGAUAAAAAUAAUGUAUUUCUGAAAAAUCA